GGGAGAGCUGACCAAACGCUAAUUGCUAUUCAUAAGCAGCUUGAGAACAUAACUGUGCAGCUACAGAAAUUGGACACAAUUGAAACUAAACUCAACUGCUUUGAAAAAAGAAUGGAUACCAUAGAGAAAACUAUAAACGACAAUGGAGACAAAUGAUAGCCUUACAGAUUACGACCCGAUUGAUGUUUUCAUUGACACACUUCUGUAUCCAGAUAUCGAUCAUGUCAUACUUCCAGUAAUUUGGCCAAUCAUCAUAAUUGUUGGACUUUUAGGUAAUAUUGCAACAAUCAUUGUAUUUUUGAGAGUUAAGCAGAUGAAAACGCCACUUAAUGUCUAUCUAGUAAGCCUUGCUUUUUCAGAUAGUUUGUUUUUAACGAUCGCCCCAAUCCUGUUCUUGAGAUCGUACGUUGAAAGUGAUUAUCACGAUAGCUUUGAUCAGGGUGAUGUUACAAGUUACUUCUGUAAGCCAGUUGUGUUUGUGAUAGACACUAGUUUCCAGAUCUCAAACUUCAUGAUCCUCUGUGUAACCGCUGAACGCUACUUGGCGAUAUGUAAACCUUUCAAAUACCGCGAGUCCGCAACCAGACGCCGGGCCUUGAAAAUAUCACUCACUGUGUGGAUACUUGUGUCCCUAUACCAAAGUCGUCUUUUGAUCUCUGUCGGGGCUGUUUCCCGUGCGUUCCCUUGGCACGAUGGAUACCGAGGUUUAUCAAACAUGCCAACAAUAUGCUUUUAUUGUAGUUCUUUUCAAGUAGACUUAGCUUGCGAUGUCGUAAACAAGAUGUAUACAGCUGACAUCGGCGUUGGUAUACUGGUUGUUGUUAUUAUCGUUCCGAUGUACAUGCAAAUGAUCAUGGUGCUUCGGCAAGAAUUUCCCUUCACUGAGUCAUCUGUGCCCAUCCAGAACCGAAUCAGAUCCGAGCGGAAGAUCUUUAAGACAGUGAUUAUAACAGUUGCUGUUUAUGUGGCGUGUUUCUUGCCUUAUCGCUUGCUUAAUCUCAUUAGUAUGUACUAUACAGGUUUUGACUUAUACGAAUUCAAUAAAUAUGCAAAUCUUCUCAGAACACCAAUGUUUAUCAACACAGCUAUCAACCCGAUUAUUUAUAUCAUGACAAACAAAGCGUAUAGAAACGCUUAUAUCGCAUACUUCAAUCCUUGUGGGUUUAAGUGUACGAUUAAAUGUACGCUUGAUGGAAAUAAACAGAAAGACCCCCAUAACAAGAUGAGAGUGAUAUCAUCACCAACAGUUUCCUCAGUUACAGCCACUUCUGUUGUCAGCGGAUCAGAGCAAUGCUAGUCAGUUCAUUUAAUAGGUGGAUGCUUAGCUCAGUAUCGCAUACGUAAUCAAACGCCAAAAACGACAAAUUACAAGUGGCGCAGUGCAAAAGUCAGGCGCAGUGCAAAAGUCAGUCACAGUGCAAAAGUCAAGUGGCGCAAUGCAAAACUAAAGUGGUGCAGUGCAAAACAAAAGUGGCGCAGUGGA